ACAAUGAGUGGACGCGGCAAAGGAGGAAAAGGACUCGGUAAAGGAGGCGCUAAGCGUCACCGCAAAGUUCUCCGCGAUAACAUCCAGGGAAUCACCAAGCCCGCCAUUCGCCGUCUGGCUCGUCGCGGCGGAGUCAAGCGUAUCUCCGGCCUCAUCUACGAGGAGACUCGCGGUGUGCUCAAGGUGUUCCUGGAGAACGUCAUCCGUGACGCCGUCACCUACACCGAGCACGCCAAGAGGAAGACCGUCACCGCCAUGGACGUGGUCUACGCUCUCAAGAGACAGGGUCGCACUCUGUACGGCUUCGGCGGUUAAACCCUGGAACCUGAACGCAACACGACGCUGAAUAACACAACGGCUCUUUUAAGAGCCACACACUUUCUCUAAAAGUUUCUCAAUCUUCAGUCAAAAUGUGUCAAUUAGUAGUUCUCAUGUAAUAGUUGUA